CUCGUAAUCGCUGCAUCGCGUCAGCAGCCAACAGCAGUCGGCAGCCCCCACUCCAAUUGCCCCACUCUGUCUCAGUUGUUGUCCCCCUACGACACGAUGCCAGCGUGCAUCAUUCGAGGCCUCAAGGCGCUGAUACGUGGCGACAACACUUUCAUCCCCAUGGGCGAGUUCCGGCGCCUUUUCCACCAGCCAUGGGAGACCUACAGGACGCCAGUGGGCCGCGAGCGGGGCGUUCCCGAGUACGACUGCCUAGCGGUGCCGCAGUACGACCUGGAAGACGUCCCCGACGACAGCUUCCCCCAGACGUACUUCAGGUGGGACGGCAGACAUGCUGACGAGGACGUGGGAACCCACGGCGUCCCAUGGCCAUACUUCCACGCCGAGCGGCUGCCAAGCCACCCCCAAGACAGCCAUCCCGCCAGCCGGUUCUCCAGGGACGGGCUCGGCAAGCGGAGCACACUGAUGGCGAUCGACAUUGUUGAGGAGAGGGGGCGGGAUUCGAUGGCGAGAGUGCAGCGAGAGAUCGAUAUGUUUCAGAGGGCGCAGAGGGAGGGACGGAAGCAUUUUGCUCGUCUGAGAGGGGUAAGCCGGUUCGGUGUGAUGGAAUCUAUGUAUGGGGGGGAGCGGGUCAUUCAUUCACAUCUCUGUCUUUGUGUGCGGCUCAUGCUGUCUGUGUGUCUGUAACUGACAUGCAGGCCUACCAUUAUCGCAAGCGCACAUUCAUGGAGUACGAGGACAUGCGGGGGUGGCGCACCCUGGAUAGUCAGCUGGGCGAGGGAGCGGGGAGGGUGAUGAGUGAGCGAGACGCCAGCCGAUGGGCCAGGCAGUUGAUAGAGACACACAAGGAGCUGAGAGGGAUGCGAUACUACCAUGGGUUCACACAUAGCAUAGACAAACAAAACGAAUACGUAUCCAUGCCACCAAUGACUGCAUGCUAUGCUCGUGUCUGUCUGUCUGUUUUGGCUGCAGCCAAGGCAACCGCCGGGAAUACCUUGUCGACAAAGAGGGCACCAUCAAACUUGCAGAUGUCGGCACAGGGGCUUUUGCACGCUACCGCAAUGUCAGUCAGUAUUCACACGCGCACACACACACAGCCGGAGGGGACGGCUCUCAUGAAUUUUCUUAUCUCCGACGUGUGUGUGCCGUGUGGGUGUGCAGGAUGGCACGGUCAAUGUGUUUCGUCAGCGUGUCACGAACAAUAAGGCCACACCACCAGAGGUCAGUGCACAGACAUACACACAGACAGAGGCGAAUGGAUCAGACGAGGGACACUGAUGUCUAUGUGGGGGUAGGCAUGUGUGUGUGUGUCUGUGUGUGUGUGUGUGUGCCCUUCAGGUCGUUGUGUCGAGUCGGUACAACACCAGCUUCGACCCGGAAAAGGCCUCCGUCUUUUGCAUAGGGUACGCAGACCGACAGAAGAGAUGGAGGGAGGGAGAGCGCCACAUGCCCGUCAGUCACUUAACUCUGUGUAUCGUCACUGUCGUCCAUUACAUCAGGCACCUUGUCGGCAACUUCCUGUCUGCCAAGACCAGCCCCCGCCCCCUCUCCCCCGGAGCCAUCGACUUCGUCCGCCACGCCACCGCUGCCGACCCCUCACAGAGACCCACACUGGAUGAACUGAUGGUCCACAGCUGGUAAGGCAUAUAGACAGAGAGUUGAAUGCUGCAGACCCUCCCUCAUCGACCGUCUGUUUGGGUGCCUGAACGUGAAGAAGCGAGAAUCGCGCCAAGAAACAAAUUUAGGGAGACCUGUGAAAGGGCUCCGCCCCGAGAGCCGACGCAGCUUGGCGUCGUCCUCAUCUGCCGCCCCGACACCCUCCCUCGCCAUGACGGAAUCGAAGUCUUUCGAAGUCCACCCUCCGGACGGCAGACCUUUUGUGCUUCUUUUCCCAGUGGAGCGCGGGCGCCGUCCGGACGCAGAGGCGCUCCUGCAGCACCUGCAGAGAGACGGGCGCGUCCUCAGGUCAGUGGAGCAUCCGGUUAUUGAAUAGAGGAGUCCCGUCAUUCAGCCGUCGACUACAUCGCCAGAAUCACCAGUGCGCUCGGUUUACUGACAGACAGGCAGACAGACAGACAGGCAGAAAGGCAGACAAUGAUGCGCGAAAGGAGAGACACCUGCAACCAUAUGUGUGCCCAUUGUGUGUUGUGUACGCAGGUGAAGAGUUCUUCACACCACCAGGCAGUCCGGCCGCUGCGAAGUAAGCAGAAGGAUGAUGCCUCUGUGUAUCAGACCUGCCUGCCCUCCCUCUGUGCGUGCCACAGAUGUGGGCAUGCCAACUCAAUCUGUGCCCAGGGCUGCCCCUCCAGUCGCUGCCGGCAACCAAGGCGGCCAAGACCUUGUAGGGACGCACGACAGGGGCGAUCCAGGGGAGAGCGUCAUAUGCGAUGUGGAUGCUCCGCAGUACAGGACGCUCAAUGGGCUGCGGAGGGAUGAGGAGAAGGUGAACAGAUGGUGGGCGAGGCUGGGUUUCGACUCUGGAGCUCACCAAGUGCGAGGCCAGACGUAAAUGUGUUUCUCUGUGUGCGUCUGUGUUUAUGUGUGUGUUCAGCAUCUCCCGCUUGGGGGAUACGAAGAGAAAUCCAAGUCGCAUUUUUGCAGGGUCAUCGCAAAGCAGUAACCUCACCGGUCGAUGUCAGGGCCGGCCAGCGGAUGCUGUCCGGGAGCUGUGAUGGGACGGCCAAAGGUGUGGAACGUCGACACUGGGUGUGAAUUCGCAUGUCUCUGUCAUUCCAUGUGUGUGUCAGAUGGCUGCCUACAUUUUAUAUUCCGAGGCUUUUAUCCAUCCAUCUCGCCGCUUCGCUGUGUCGCUCACCAGCCCGGCCGCCAGCAGCAGCAGCGGGCCCGUCUGUCUCCGCCUUCAUUGACCACAGCCUGAUGGCCCUGGCCGCCCCGCUGCCCAGCACAGCCGCACCAGAGAGACCUAAGCCUCCUACUGCCCCACCACCAGCCAGCGCCACCGACACACAGCCCGCCCCUCAGAAUUGGAGCCCGCCAACAUACGCAGCACCGAGCAGACAAGAAGCACCCCGUGACGAGGAGUGUUGCAGUCCCCCAGCUCCCUUCACCUCCCCUUCCCCCAUUUCGUGUACGUGUUCGACAGCUCCGGCACCAGCGGCAGAAGCCACCUCCCUCCAGAUAGCCACACGCAUCAUGAGCUUCCAGAAGCCCCUGGAGCCGCCACUCCACCGUGGCAUUCAUGUCUGUCUAGCUGAGGAUUAUUACCUUGGAGAAGCCUUCAGGUACGCGCUGUGUUUGGUGCAAAUCGGACACAGGCAGACAGGCGGGAAGACAGCAAGGCAGUCUGAUGGACGUAUAUCAGCCCAUAACACCAAUGCAUGCAAAGUCAUGCUCACUCCACUCAACUAAUUUUCUCCAUCUGUAUGUCUGCUGCUUUCCAUUUUCUCUCUGCUAUCAGAAGGCACCGCCCCCUGUGGCCCCGCUGCCCUACACAGCCACACCAGCCGCACCGGAGGCCUUCGCCGCACCCCCACCACUGCCACAACCCGCCAACACCACCACAGAGCGCCCCGCACCUCCAGCGCCGCAGGACUGUUAUGAGAAGACCAUCGAGAGGCUGCGCGAGAGUCUGAGGGCCAACAGGGAGGCGAGAGAGAGGCUCCUGAGCCGCAGCCCCAUGGCCCUGGAUGGCAUUCCGCCCCGCAAGAGCCACACUAGCCCGUGGCCAUCGUGGGAUAGGGAGAGGGAGAGGGAGAGGGAGGGAGGGACAAAAACAGCCGCGAUGACGCCACCACGCCCACCAUCAAGGCAGCCGCAGGCCAGCAGCAGAAACAGGCCGAGCUCCAAGCCCUCAAGCAGCAGAUGGAGCAGGAGCGCCAGCAGCUGAUGAGGGAGGACAUGGAGCGCCAGCAGAAGGCCAUCGAGGAGGCGCGCGAGGCGGCAGAGCAGCAGAAACAGGCCGAGCUCCAAGCCCUCAAGCAGCAGAUGGAGCAGGAGCGCCAGCAGCUGAUGAGGGAUGACAUGGAGCGCCAGAAGAAGCCCAUCGAGGAGGCGCGCGAGGCGGCAGAGCAGCAGAAACAGGCCGAGCUCCAAGCCCUCAAGCAGCAGAUGGAGCAGGAGCGCCAGCAGCUGAUGAGGGAGGACAUGGAGCGCCAGCAGAAGGCCAUCGAGGAGGCGCGCGAGGCGGCAGAGCAGCAGAAACAGGCCGAGCUCCAAGCCCUCAAGCAGCAGAUGGAGCAGGAGCGCCAGCAGCUGAUGAGGGAGGACAUGGAGCGCCAGAAGAAGGCCAUCGAGGAGGCCCGCGACCAAGAGAGGCGUGCCGCAGAGGAGGCACGCGAACAAGAGCGGCGCGAGAGCGAGGAAGCCCGCGAGCAGGAGAGGCGUGCGGUCUUGGUGGAGCGGCAGCAGGAGAAGGAGGGCCUGAUCGCUAAGCUGGAGUCUCAGAAGAGGAUGGCAUUGGCUGACUUGGCUGAGCGAGAGAAGGAGCAGCAGAUGUUCCAACAGGAGGAACAACGCCUGCAACACGCCAACGAAGGACUCAGCUGUGAGCUCACGCGGCAGAUAGACGACCUCAAGGCCCGGCUGGCACUGCACGAGGACUGGGAGAGAGCGCGGAAAGACCGCAUGCGUGACAAGGAGAUACAGACCGCCGCCGAAGAGCAACAGCAGCCCCAGGAGCAGCCGCCAAGCACCAGCCCGUGGGCCAUCGUGGGAGAGGGAGAGGGAGAGGGAGUGAGGGACAGAGACAGCCGCGAUGACGCCACCACGCCCACCAUCAAGGCCGCCGAGGACCUCCCCACACAACCACAUCCACCAACACCAGCAGCAGCAGAGGGCAAGGAGAGGGCCGAGGAGGGCCACUCACAGCAGCAGGAGCAGGACAGCCCGGAGGCUUCGACGGCUAUGCCGGCGGCAAGUGCGUCGGAUGUCAGCCCGUCAUCGCCUGUUGCGGCACCCGCCCCCUCCCCCACCGCCCCGCCAUCCGUCCCAACCGGCCCCACCAUCAGCUGCAGCAGCAUCCGGCUCGCCGACGUCGGUGGUGUGGCCAGCGGCAGGUGGCCUCACCUGCGCAAGAUGUGCGCCAUCCCCACGCACACCGACGGCACUGACGUGCCCGAGGCCGCCAGCUGCUGCCGCAUCCCGGUCAUCCGGAAGCAGGUCAAGAGGGACAAGAGGUGGCUGUUCCAGGACCGGUACGGGAUGGUCGUGCACAACAUCAUGACACACCUGGCCAUCUCCCGCCUGGCGCAGCCACCCUCACCGUGUGACCCGCCCACCACCACGGCAGCCGAGCAGCAGCAGCACGCCCUCGCCGGCGUCAUGGCCGAGCCCACCGCCGACUUCUUCAGGGAGCUGGUGGCGAGACAGGCGACCAUUCGUGGUGGUGCCGCCUGGCGGCCACGGGCAACCCGUUCUUCGCCACGCCAUUCCUGGCCUGCGGGAAUGGGCACCGGCUUGGCGAGAACGAGACCACCGCGGCCAUCGAGGUGUGCGAGGCCGACGAAGUCCUGCCGCCCGACCACGCCCUCAUCCUGACGGUGCCCCUCUUCCCCCCCGGCCCCCCCACCAGCUGCUACUCGGUGCUGCCCCUGCUCGACCAGCGGAAGCCGCUGCUGAUGCAGCAGCACAACCUCCACACCGAGGAGGAGUGGGCGGCGUGGCGGGCCGAGAAGGCCAACAAGUCGGGGCUGGACUUCGGCGAGACGGGGGACGUGUGCAGGGCACUGCAGGUAGUGGGGGUUGAGGGAGUGGAGCAGGAGGCGGCGCGAGUGGUGAUGAUUAAGGACAUGUUUGACAAGUUCAUGAUGAUGCGUGAGGUGAGUCACACACACACAUGAGAGGGGAGAUGACAGACUGAGGGAGAUGCGCUCAUCUGUCCUGUCUGUGCGUCGGUGUGUGUGCAGACGGUGGUGCCGGUGGUGGAUGACGAGUAUCGCAGCGCCCUCUGCAACGCCACAGCGGAGGAGGACAUCUUGGCGGCCGGGAUGGAGCGGGCCAGGGGCGACAGCAGCGGCGCACCAUUCGUUUGGGGCGACCUCACUGGACCCUCGGGACCGUCGGCAGAUACGAGCUGCAGCUUAAUGCCGGGGGCACGGGUCGCUUCGUGCUGCCGGGUGUGGUCUUCAUCGACCCCAGCGGCACCUCUCGCGGCACGAUCUCGGCCCUCCCCGGCAAGACCAGCUACGAGACCCUCGAGAACAAGCUGCUGGCCGAGCUGCCGAAGAAGCUGCCUGAGGGCGUCGACUGGGGGGACGUGGCGGGCUCGCUGCUCGAGUACGGCUGGGCUGACGAAGAGGAGGGCGUCGAUAGCGGGGAGGACUUCUGGUCGGCCACCAAGUCGGCCAUGGAGGCCCUCCACCCGCCCGGCGUGUACGUCUCGAAGAGCCUGCCCCCUCUCCCAGAAAUCGACGUCGACAAGACGGCCUACCUCUACGCCAGGUCCUGGGAGCCCAAGAACCGGCCCCAGCAGCAGAAGAAGGACCUGCAGCGCAUGAAGAAGCUGGGCAAGGCGGCGGAGUACGAGCGCAUCUACAAGGAGGAGCUCAGCAAGGCCAAGUGGCCCGACACGCUCCUCCUGUGCGCCAAGGGGAUCGACAGCCAGGCUGCCUGCCAUGCCAAGGCUGACGAGAUCCUCCAGUCGCUGCGCGACCGCCACGUGCAGUCAUCCUUGGUCGACCUGGUGGAGGGGUGGCGGAAGGAGGGAGCCGCGGAGGUGGAGACAUGGGUGGGGAUGGUGAAUGAGAAGCUCAUAAGCCUGCUGCAGGCCGCCAGAGCCAUCAUCUACUGCCACACCAGUGCGAGGGCCGAUGAGAGGGGCGAGGAGGUGCGGGCACAGAGGGUCAGCCACCAGCUGGGAGAGCUGCUGCCGGGGUGCGAGGCCGUGCCCUUUAUCCUGCACCCCUGACCAACUCCCCCCCAUCCCCCUCCCCCGCACUCUAGGAGCGCCGCACGCCCGUGCGAUGCGGAGGAACACAGCCGUCCUCACGCAACAGGAGGUAUGGGUAGACCUAAGGAUGCACACGAUGUAUGCAAAUUCAGCCAGACACGUACAGAUUCGCAUGUCUCUGUCAUUCCAUGUGUGUGUCAGAUUGCUGCCUACAUUUUAUAUUCCGAGAGUCUUAUAUGCCCAUUUCAACGUGCAAGUGGAGGGCGUGCAGGUGGAGACAGUGGUGAAGAUGGUGAACGAGAGGAUGAUCAGCCUGCUCGAGGCCGCCACAGCCACCAUCUUCGUGCAAACCAGCGUCAGGCCAAAAGAGAGGGGUGAGGGAGGGCGGAUGCCCUUGAUCAGCGACCAGAGCCAGCUGCUGAUCGAGUGCGAUGCCGUGCCCUUUAUCCUGCCCCACUGA